AUGGCCCUACAGAACACAACCUUAAAUGUCCUGCCAAAGAUCAGAUGGACUUGUGCGUCCUGUCUCCAGCAACAAUCGAAAACUCAGCAGCGCCAGAUCCCAACCUCCAGCCUGCGCAAUGCGUCUCGACCGGUCAGCUCCAGGACCCUGGUGCAACGCCGGCCAGUACGGGGCGUGCGAUCCUUUACCACGGCUGCACAGCCACAUCAGAGAGUACCUGAUGAACAGCAACAGGCUGUGCCACUAGGUGAUUUCUACACCGAGCUCCUCUCGACACCAAUCCAAAAGCAUCCAACGACAUAUUCCGACCUGCCUAGCUUCGUGCAACCGGGCGACGAGUCAAAGAUGGAAAGAGCCAGGAAGGUGUUUGGAGCGAUACGUGGAUCAGGAUAUGAACGGCGGACUUCGAGCGCGCCCGACUCGACGUGGCGCACGAUCAACGGGGUUCCCGUGCCUCCUAAACCUGCCGAGCCGGACAAUUGUUGUAUGAGUGGAUGUGUACAUUGUGUUUGGGACGACUACCGAGAUGACGUGGAGGAGUGGGCGGCCCGAGUCCACGAAGCACAGUCAAAAGCGCCAAAACGGCGGCGAGGUGCCCCCAAGGUUGAGAUGGCGAGGCCCGAAGUGAGCGAAGCGUCGGGAAGUAUGGACGACGACGGCGGCGGGAGUGAGGGCCUCUGGGCCACACCCUCGGUAGAGGCUGAUGAGGAAGAUAUCCUGUUCAAGGGCAUUCCGGUCGGUAUCCGCGAGUUUAUGGCCACCGAGAAAAGGAUCAGGGAGCGGAAGCGUGCUCGGAAGGAGAAGGGUCAAGCGGUGGACGAUGACGAUUUUGUGUGA